UAACAAUGGGGAAGAUAAUGGCUGCCUGAGCAACGUCUCCGAGCAGGCGCUGGGCUAGAGGCGGGUCUCAACCAGCGACUCAUCGGAGGCGGGCUUGAGAGCAGCGGCAGGGGAGGCGCGCAGGAGCCUCGGCGGCGGCGGCGGCGGCGGCGGCCGAACCGACAGAGUCGGACCCGACACUAAAACCCAAGCAGAGAGUGAAGAAAACUAAAAUCCAGUUUAUUGUAUUACAAUACUAUGUCAUAACAGUCAGAUAAUUUUCCACUUGUUCAUCAAGAUGGAAAGCUCAGAUUCUAACGAUAAAGGAAGUGGUGAUCAGUCUGCAGCACAGCGCAGAAGUCAGAUGGACCGAUUGGAUCGGGAAGAAGCUUUCUAUCAAUUUGUAAAUAACCUGAGUGAAGAAGAUUAUAGACUUAUGAGGGAUAACAAUUUGCUAGGCACCCCAGGUGAAAGUACUGAGGAAGAGUUGCUGAGAAGACUACAACAAAUUAAAGAGGGCCCACCACCACAAAACUCAGAUGAAAACAGAGGUGGAGACUCUUCAGAUGAUGUGUCUAAUGGUGACUCUAUAAUAGACUGGCUUAACUCUGUCAGACAAACUGGAAAUACAACAAGAAGUGGGCAAAGAGGAAACCAAUCUUGGAGAGCAGUGAGCCGGACUAAUCCAAACAGUGGUGAUUUCAGAUUCAGUUUAGAGAUCAAUGUUAACCGUAAUAAUGGGAGCCAAAAUCCAGAGAAUGAAAAUGAGCCAUCUGCAAGACGUUCUGGUGGAGAAAAUACAGACAACAGCAGCCAAAGGCAAGUGGAAAAUCCACGAUCUGAAUCAACAUCUGCAAGGCCAUCCAGAUCAGAACGAAAUUCAACUGAAGCAUUAACGGGAGAAGUCGCUCCUACCAGAGGUCAGAGAAGGGCAAGAAGCAGGAGCCCAGACCAUCGGAGAACCCGAGCGAGAGCUGAAAGAAGUAGGUCACCUCUGCAUCCGAUGAGUGAAAUUCCACGAAGAUCUCAUCAUAGUAUCUCAUCUCAGACUUUCGAGCAUCCUUUAGUAAAUGAGACCGAGGGAAGUUCUAGAACCCGGCACCAUGUGACAUUGAGACAGCAAAUAAGUGGACCCGAUUUGCUGAGUAGAGGUCUUUUUGCAGCUUCUGGAACAAGAAAUGCCUCACAAGGAGCAGGUUCUUCAGACACAGCCAGCAGUGGUGAAUCUACAGGAUCAGGACAGAGACCUCCGACCAUAGUCCUUGAUCUUCAAGUAAGAAGAGUUCGUCCUGGAGAAUACCGGCAGAGAGAUAGCAUAGCUAGCAGAACUCGGUCAAGGUCUCAGACGCCCAACAAUACUGUCACUUAUGAAAGUGAACGAGGAGGUUUUAGGCGUACAUUUUCACGUUCCGAACGGGCAGGUGUGAGAACCUAUGUCAGUACCAUCAGAAUUCCGAUUCGUAGAAUCUUAAAUACCGGUUUAAGUGAGACUACAUCUGUUGCAAUUCAGACCAUGUUAAGGCAGAUAAUGACAGGUUUUGGUGAGUUAAGCUACUUUAUGUACAGUGAUAGUGAUUCCGAGCCUAGUGGCUCAGUCUCGAGUCGAAAUGUGGAAAGGGCAGAGUCACGGAAUGGAAGAGGGGGUUCUGGUGGUGGUAGCAGUUCUGGUUCCAGUUCGAGUUCCAGUUCGAGUUCCAGUUCAAGUUCCAGUUCUAGUUCCAGUUCCAGUCCUAGUUCCAGUUCCAGUGGUGAAAGUUCAGAGACUAGCUCAGAGGUGUUUGAAGGCAGUAAUGAAGGAAGCUCAUCAUCAGGCUCAUCAGGUGCCAGACGAGAGGGUCGACACAGGGCCCCGGUAACCUUUGAUGAAAGUGGCUCUUUGCCCUUCCUUAGUCUGGCUCAGUUUUUCCUCUUAAAUGAGGAUGAUGAUGACCAACCUAGAGGACUCACCAAAGAACAGAUUGACAACUUGGCCAUGAGAAGUUUUGGUGAAAACGAUGCAUUAAAAACCUGUAGUGUUUGCAUUACAGAAUAUACAGAAGGCAACAAACUUCGUAAACUACCUUGUUCCCAUGAGUACCAUGUCCACUGCAUCGAUCGCUGGCUAUCUGAGAAUUCUACUUGUCCUAUUUGUCGCAGAGCAGUCUUAGCUUCUGGUAACAGAGAAAGCGUUGUGUAAUUAAGUUCUGAACUCUCAGCUAUGUAGCUGGUAUAGUGAUGGGCAAACAGGAAUCACUUGCUUUAUGCCCACUUUUUGAGUGGUGCUUAAAUGUAAAGUAGCAACCUGAAUUGAGUCAUUGCUUUCUGAGUGAAUCAUUGUCCUUUUUCCAAUUUCUGUUCCAGAAUAAAAGGAAAUAUUUAAAAAGCAAUGUUUUAGGACAUAAAACUCUGAUUUCAGUGCCAGUAAUUGAUAUUACUGAUGAUUUGUCAUAUAUGCUUAUCAGUUUCUCCUUUGUUAUCUUAAAAGAUUUGCCUUAGCAAUGGCUCUUUAUCCGUUUCACGUUGAUCUUUAACGUUUCCCACGCCAUAGGAGAGAAGGGCAAAGGAAAUUCCCAGUUUAGACUAAGUUACAGUACAUGUUUCAUAAGUGAUUGCUUAAAGCUCUACCAUUCCCAGUUCUUAGUUGGCACAAAUUCAGCUACAUGCUGAAUAUCAUUUGUUCACCUUUCAGAUGAGGUGAUAUUGGACGUCAGUGUAAAUAACACUAAGGUUAGGAUCUUCUAAGUGUAUAACUGUCUCCUAAGCCCAUCACUGUGGCACACUGUAGAGUGAGCUUAUAGUUUAAUUGAGAUAUUUAUCUUGUGGAAAUAUUAAAAAAGCCUAUGCUUGUGUAAGUGAAAAAAAUCACAUUCAUUUGUUUAAAAAUGUAAAGCUAUUUUGUAGAGGCUCAGUACUUUUCCAAUGCACUGUUGUAUUAAUGCAUUAAAAAUUGUAAAGUACCAUGCUUAGAAAUGAAAAAAAAACUGCUUUUUGUGAGCCAACAUAGUAAAAAAAACACACCAAACAAAGUACAAAGCUGCUUUUGUAAGUGUGUAGAUGUCAAGAGCAGAACAUAUCUAGUAUUUAAUGUAUGUGAACAGCUACUGUGACAUGCAAAGGAAAGGACAGAGUGCAGAAUUGAACUGCAUUGAAGAUACCAGUGGAAACUUGGUACUUUAACUUGGAUUUAGGCAGGAAAUGAAAGACGGGAGGAGUAAAGAAAACUGCUCUGAAGAAUUUAAAAUUUUUAUGAAGACAGUAAUCAUACAGACGGGAACUGGUUUCAUAUGGUGAGGUCCUUGACACAGUAUUCUGCUUGAGCUGAUGAAGUAGAUUAACAAAUUUGGUAGAGUUUUGGUUAAAAACAAACAAACCACUACCACGUAGCACAAGUUACAUCGAUGUUUUCACAAGUCUGCUCCUCAGAAAAGGAAAAAAAGAAGGUGGAGGAAAGAGACUAUAAACCACUUUUAGCAUAGGAAUUGAAGUUGGUACAGAUGUGUGUACUAAUAGGAAAGUCUCAAAUUUGCGUUAUUUUCUAGAUUUGUCAUUUAAGGUACCAGUGCACACUUGUUAAUAUUUCAUUACCAUCUAACACAGACCUAACAUCGCGCAUUUAAAGGCCAAUUGAGGAACUAAGGGAUGUUUAUCCUUUGUUGAAAGUGAAUUGUGUUGGGUCAUUUGAGAUUCAAAUUUUAAUGGUGCUGCCCAUAUUUGAAGAUGAGGCUGCUGACUCACAAUCUAUGGGACACGCAUUUUGUGUUGUUUCCUUAGUAAUGAGAUUAGGUUUGUGAAGAACCCCAGUACUCUUGCCGAAUUUCUCUUUUGAGGCCAGUUGGGGUUAGGAUUAGUCUGACUGUGGAGGACUUGUUUGUUUAUCUGGGAGAAGAUAGUGUGCCCAAAGAGGAAUUGAACACAUCCUUGGUCUUUAAAGUGAAAACUACCCACGCAUAGUCAGAUACUCUACAAAAUAAACAGGUCUGCUUCAGGAAUUAUCUGGCUACCUUAACUGUUAUCAACUUAGCUGUAAAGAUUAUUUCAAAGCUCAUCCUUUCAUAUUUUCCUCUGGCUUUCACUCCUACCUAAGUAUCAAGGAAAUUAACUUGUAAAUAUGGUAGUUGUUUACUAAGGAUAUGUACUGCUCUUGCAAGGAAAUAAUGUCCAAACAAAGCUUCACUUAUUUUUUUUAAUAUAAGCAGAUUUCACUGUUUAUGGCGCUUAUGUAAUACAUUUUAUCUUUUUAAAAAAAAAUUGUCCAUGUAAAAGUCAGGAUUCCUUUAUAUUUGUGAGCCUCCUUGUCUCCUUUCCUAAGGGUGUAAUCUACGAUUUUCAGAUCUGCAGGGUAGUCCUGAUUGGCUUAAAACCCAUUUUCCUCUUGGUAUAAAACGUCCCAUUAUAAGGGUGUUCAUUUUAAAUAGUUUAAAAACGACUGCAGCACAUUCUGAGCAUAAAACAAAGUUAUUGACAACAGGUACCUCCCUAACCUCCCAAGAUGUAUUACUCAUUUGUGAAGUAUUAAAGUAAGAGGUAACUCAUGCCGAAUGCUGGUUAUGAAUGUAGAUAUUGAAGCUAUUCAUAAACACUGGAAAUAGAAUUUUAAGUUUUUAGCCUUCAGUAGAAUGCACAUAUUGGACAUGUGCAUGUGGACACCUUUUUCAAUAGCACUCAUUUCCAUUGGAUUGUGUAGAAUGGAUACAAAUAUUUUAGUGGAAUUUGCUACUUAAUUUUUUUUUUUUUUUUUUACAAAGUCCAUGACUAUACUUAUUAGUGUUGUGGACAUUGAAGACAAAGUCAUUCGUAGGUGUCAGAUGUACAAUGGAGAGCAAGAGUCUUUUUUUUCCCCACCAGCAUCCGAAACACCUAUUCUCUUGAGGGAGCAUUUUCUUGCAAAAGACUUUACAUUUCAUUUUGUAUCUUUGCACUUUUUUCUUUAUUACAGAAAGGUUCUGUCUUGAAGACCUAGUUUGAACUUCAUGCAGUAAUAGGAACAAGAAAAAACAAUGUUGGGAAAUUACAUUGUUCGAAGCAUAGGGAAAAAUACUAAAAACUGAGUUUCCUUGAGUAUUUCAGAUAUUUUUAAAAAUUCACUUACUGGUAUGAAGCAUUUGAGGUGUUACGUUGUUUAACUCCAAGCAGCUGACAAGGUUGAGAUUUAUUAAUACUAAAAACAAAAUUGAGCAAGUUAGGUUUAAAGUGUGCAGACUUUAUAGCAACACUAGAAGAUGAGCCAUGUUGUUAAUUUGGAAUAUUUGCUCUAAAAAGAACACAUUAGUUAUACCUCAGUGGUGGUAAUGGUUAAUGGAGGUGGGGGUUUAGAGAAGUGUUCACAUUAGUGUUGGAAGUAUAGGAAAUUAUCAAUUGUACAGGUAACAAAGUUUAGUACCAGGAUUAUAUAUGUGUGGUGUGUGUGUGUGCACAUGCACACACAUAUGCACAUCUAAUCUCUAUAAAAACAUGAUCGUUGAGUUUAUCCAAACUUUAGGAAGCUGCUUAGCUAUAAGUGUUACCUCAAGUAAUUUCCCCCCGCCUUGGGAAAACAUGUCCUUUCUGUGCCAAGUGUUCUCUCCUAGUGUCAGUGUCUCAGAUUGUAUUUAUGAAGGGUUUUCACUUAAUAUGCUUUUUUUGUUUAACCACCUGCUUCCCAAAUGUCCGUGACUUGAACUGGGUCAAGCAUCAGUCAUGACUUUCAGUCAGUUCCCAAAAUACCCAUGUGAUAGGGAGGUGAAUAUUGUAGAAUGCCUCUUAAAAGGCCAUUUUUACCGCUUGCUAGAAUACAGUGGCACCUUGUGGUGGUUGUUGAUACUUUUCUUUUAAAAACGGAGGAUAUUCCCCUCCACCCCUUUUUAUUCUCCUUUGUUCUUUUGUGAACACAAAAUAUUAGUGAUCUGCCUUGAGUUUUUCAAGUUUUACCUUACUGGCUUCCCUGUCAAAUGUAUUAUCAAUAUUAAGUACAUAGAAGCCAUGUUUGCAGGGCACUUUUAUUCUUAUGAGACUGUGCUGAUUGCUACUUUCUAAAGUAUUCUGUACCUUAGUGAUGCAAGAGAUUGAUAAGGCACAUGUGAAACUGUCAGGCUUUUUUUUUUUUCCCUUAAGUAUAGUAUAAUUCUUCAGUAUGUUUACUAUUCAAUAACAGUGUUGUAAUUCAUGGAGUUAACUAGUAAAUUGUAUGCUUUUGAAAAACAUUUGAAAAUGUAAAUCAAAAAAAAAAUAUGCUUCAUUUGGAAAGUUAAAAGUACAAGGUCCGGGGAACGAGUAUUUCACUUAUUUUGAAAUUGGAUUUUUAGUAAGCAACUAAGAAACAACUAUGAGUUAAGUACUUGCCCUUUAAAAGUUUUAACAUUUUGAAAUUGAGUUCUUAACUGGAGCAUUUCUAAAAUACUAUAAUAUUCCCAACAGGUGAGUGAUCUCACAUGAUUUUAUAACUCCACUUUGUAUUUAAAAUACAGCACAGAAUAGAGCUGUUAUUGAAGUGUUGGAACUCUCAAGGGAUAACAGUUUGUAUCAGUUUUUAGGGUUAUUUUCAUGUCUCUGUAGGUGUUUUCAUUCGAUUUUGAAGGAAAUGAACACUCUCCAACACUCUCAAAUACAAUUACAGUGAGAUACUUGGUUUUGAUUAGGAUUUGUUUACUAAAGACCCACAAGCUGCUUUAUAGUCACCUGGAUUGAAUGAUAACCUUAAAUACAUGCAAUGGAAGUGAACCCCACCAUACCACUGUGCCUCGUUAUUUCAGGGUUCCUCUCAGUUCCUCAUCUUGCAGAUUUAUUCUACUACCAAGGUAUGGUUGAACCAGCUGCCCAGCCUUAACCAUAUUUAGUGCCCCUCUGCUAACGUUCUUUUAACUGAUUGAUUUGUAUGUGUUUUAACUGUCUGAUGUUUGGAUUUUACCUCUUGUUAGCUCCAUUUGUCCCUGGUGCUGCUUUUAAAGAUAUAGGGCCAUGUGAUCAGGUAUCAAGUUGAAUAGGUACGCAGUUGGCCUGGUUAUGUAUCUGUGCCUGUUUUAUCUUCUCCCAGGAAGAGCUGCUUUGGUAUAGAUGUUUACUUGGAUUCAUAUAUAAAGAACUGGGCAGCAAUCUUAGGAAGCUUUCUGAAGCCAAAAGAACCUGAAGGGAUUUGGAGGGGGGAUAGUAACAAAAGCUGCCUUUAUGUCUUUGAACAUGAAGCACAUAAAUGUAUGUUCUGUAAAGACUAAAGUGAUUGUUAUACCAGGGCUUCCUGACCUCUGGGAGAGACUUUCAAAAAAGCAGAAAGGAGCACAAAGCGAAGUGAAUUUGGUCGGCUUGCUUUAUCUGGUUUCUCACUUUCUUUCAAUUUAAAUCUGAACAUAACACUCUUCUCCAAUAUCUAUCCAGAAGACUCCUGGUUGGGAAGCCCUGUAUUAAAUUUUGAGAAUGUACCCAGUUUCCUUUUUUUUUUUUUUUUUUUUUGUACAGUGCUUUAUACCUGCUAAAAAUUAACUUGUUUAAUGCAAAACAAGACCUUGAAAGGUCAGUCAUAUUAAAGCUGGUUUGAUUAUUAAUAGUUAUCUUUUAGGAAGAAGCUUUUUCCCUAUGUAAGAUGUCAUACUGCAGAUUUAAAAUAUAGACUAUCAAUAAAAUGCAUGAAGUGAUCAUUUGUGCUUGAUCAUCUCUCGGGUUUUUCUUUAAAAGGGAAUCUGAUCUGAUCAAAGUUCUAUUGCCUCCAACUAAUGUCAAAUAGACUUGAGUUUUAGAAUCAAGUGGAAUUCUCGUGCAACCUUGAUUUUGAUUUCCUCGCUGCUAUGAGUUUGAGCAGAUACUGGUUUAUGGGAUAUAACCUCCAUUUUAUGUUGUGUAGUUUAAUGGCUUAGUCUUCGAGUGGUAAAAUAAAAGGUUGAGGUAUAUUCCAAUACAAGAAUCCUAGAAAGACUUCUGUAAAUGACAUUUUAAGUAGGUGCAUCUUUGCUGUUACUUGUAUUCUCACCAUCGCCCUGCCUACUCUCUUGCUUGACCUCUAUAAAUACAAAAACUUGUCUAGGUGUGUAGAUGUGCUCAUGUAGCUUUUGUUUUCUGUCCCUAUCUCCAACCUCUUACACGUGUUGCUUAAACCACGAAGAUGUCCUUGUUUCUUAAGUAGGUUGUCACAUUCUGAUACCUGGGUAAGACUUCCCCCGGUACUGGUAUUCGUUUAGCCAAUGGUGAAUUUUAUUAGUUUCAUUUCCUCUGGUGCCCACCAAGCCCUAUCAUUGGCAUAGGAACUCAGUUCCUUGGGAUAACUUUGGUGUGGUCAGCUCUUUGCUUUAUGACUGUCCCAGGGAUUUUAAGUGUUGGUCAUGAUUCUAUUCUUUGAAGCUCAAGACUGCCACUGAAAAGUUGACAUUCUCGACAACAAAGUAAGCCAACGCACAAGCAUCUUGAGAGAAAUUCGGUGGAAGGGACUAUUGCCUGGAACAGAGGAUCUGGUUAAUCAGAGUGGAGUGGGGUAUAAACUGUACUUUUAAUGAUCAUUUAAAAAAAAUAGGAAAUCUGGGGUCCAGUUUCUUUGAGGUCUUUGAAUUCAGGCAAGAUUUAAAUGUAAGACAUUCCAAAUGGAUUGCUAAUAUAGCUGUAUUAAAAAGAGCUAACUUUUUCUGAUUGUUGUUAGACAUUGUAUCAGGUACUAUAAAUUAUUUAAUUCUCA